AAGUUUUUUUUUCCCCACAAAACGAGCAAAGUUAUCAAAUAUUUACGCAUCCAGAGAGGCCACGCGAACUCUGCUUCUCGUUUCGUCGCAACCAUCUGACAGGUUCGCUCGCCGGGCGGAGGCAUACCCGCCGCCAUGUCGAAGCUCGCCAACCAGCCGCCGCCGCCGACGCCGUCGGAUAUGGAUGUUGACUCCGCAUCCGCGGCCGAGGAGAAGAAUCCGGUCAGGUUCUCCAUCAAUGUGUUGGAACUCAUGAGGGAGGCGCAGAUGCAGCACGGCCUUCGCCACGGCGACUACACGCGUUACAGGAGAUACUGUACUGCGCGUCUGAGAAGGCUCUACAAGUCUCUGAAGUUUUUGCAUGGCCGUGGUAAAUAUACCCGGAGGAAUAUAACAGAGUCAACAGUGACUGAUGUGAGGUUUCUACAUGUGGUAUUUUAUAUGGCUGAGAGAGCAUGGAGUCAUGCUAUGGAAAAGAAAACUGCUGGUCCAAAUGCACCGCAGCGUAUCUACAUGUUGGGUCGAUUUAGGAAGGCAGUCAAAUGGGCAGCACUUUUCUCACAGUUAUGUUCUAUAAAAGGAGAUUCCAGGACAUCUUUGGAAGCCGAGGCAUAUGCUUCAUAUAUGAAAGGAACUUUGCUUUUUGAGCAAGAGAAGAACAUAGAGGCAGCAAUGUUGAAUUUCAAGAAUACCAGGACUGUAUAUGAGGAGCUUGGAAAGUAUGGCAGUAUAGAAAAUCAACUUUUAUGCCGUCAACGCAUUGAGGAAGUGGAGCCUAUGAUUGGAUUCUGUUCACGCAAACUUGGUGGAUCUGCUCUGCAAGAACAUGAGCUCCUAGAUAUGGAAAAGGAGGGGCCUGCUUAUGACCUUUUUAAAGCUAAGAUUGAGGCUGUAUUAUCUGAGACAAGGUCACAGCAGGCGGCUUCUAUGACUGAGUUUAACUGGCUUGGUCGCCGAUUUCCAAUUACCAGUGCAAAGACCCGUGUCUCCAUAUUAAAAGCUCAGCAGCUGGAGAGAGAUUUAAAUGGCGCAGCCACAGAACCGAUUCCAGCGGACAAAAAACUUGCUAUAUUUGAUAAACUAUUUUCUGCAUACCACGAAGCUCGAAGCUGCAUCCGCAAUGAUUUGGCUUCUGCUGGCAAUGCUGAGAAUAUAAGAGACGAAUUGAAUGGUCUUGACAAGGCUGUCAGUGCAGUUUUAGGAUUGAGAACCAUAGAACGUAACCAGUUACUUGUUAGUAUUGCUAAAAGUAAGUUUGCAAAGCAUCGGGAUGAUAAGAACGAGAAAAUUACAAAGCCGGAAGAACUUGUUCGGCUAUAUGAUCUGCUAAUUCAAAAUACAACAGACCUAACUGAUUUAGUUAGCUCAGGAAGGGAUAAAAACGAAGAGGAGAACGCUUUUCUUCAUGAGUAUGAGCUGAAAGAUUUGGCUUUCCGAGCUGAGAGAUGUUUCUAUUUGGCAAAGUCAUAUAGUUCAGUCAGUAAAAGGGCCGAAGCCUAUGCAUUAUUCUGUUAUGCACGUUCCCUUGCUGAUUCUGCACUGCAAGAACUGGCUAACAGUCCUCACAAGGCCUUAAUCCAAGAACUCGAGGCUCUAUCUUCCAAUUGUAGAUCCAGUAGUUGCAUUGAACAUGCAACAGGUAUCAUGGAGGAUGAGAGUGCUCCUGAAAGACUUUCUAAAGGAGUCUCAACUAUAUCACUUGGCGACGAUAAAAGAAAGGAUACUAAAUACCUCCUUGAUAUCCUAGGGAGCUAUGAAUCAGCACUUGGUGAGCAAAGCGCCAAAGCUCCAUGUCGCAUUUCACAAUUCCCACCACCGUUCCAAUCAGUUCCCUGCAACCCAAUUGUUCUUGAUAUGGCAUACAACACAAUUGAGUUCCCGAACCUUGAGAACAGGAUGAAGAAGGAAAAGAAGGGUCUCCUCCGCAGAUUCUGGGGGUAAAAAGAAGAGCGCAUGGUUUAAUUCCUCAGGAUCACCUUGCUCUUGGAUUUUGAUACAUUACUUUGGUGGAUCAAUUUGUUUUUGCCUGUGCUGCUCAACGCAGUGCUGCUUGAUAUCUGGAAGGUUUCUAAGUUGAACCAAGUUUGAUAGGCAAAAUUUUGUACUGUUUCAAAAUACAUCAGUUUGAGUGUCACUGCUUACAAUCCGUUAUACCGUAUGGAACAUUAACUGAAUAGAUCGUACUUUUGAGAUGUUAAA